GCCCCGUUACAAAUUUGUAUGCGGCAUACGAAAACGCAGCCUAUUUUUUGAGAAUCUGCAAAUUUAUUUGUUUCCCAACUUUUCGCAAAGCUCAACUUCAACUUGUAGAGACAUCUAUCUCCAUUCAUCAUAAAAAAUGGUUGAGUUUGAAGAUAAAGAUAAAUUAUCCAAUGCACUUCUCAGAGAUGUUGAAUCCUCAUCUUCAGAUUCCCUUGCUUCCGUCAAAAGAACAGGGACUGUUUGGACGGCAAUUGCGCAUAUUAUAACAGGGGUGAUAGGAUCAGGAGUGCUGUCAUUGGCAUGGAGUGUGGCUCAGUUGGGGUGGAUUGCAGGCCCUCUCUGUAUGGUGGUGUUUGCAAUUGUCACUAUUUUUUCUUCCAAUAUUCUUUGUGAUUGCUAUAGAUAUCCUCAUCCUGAGGAGGGCCACAUCAGAAAUAAGUCCUAUGCUGAAGCUGUGGGCUCUUAUCUAGGGAAGAAGUGUAUGUGGGUGAUUGGAAUAUUUCUUCACGAAAGUUAUUUUGGAUUUGGAAUUGCAUAUACUAUAACAUCUGCAGUCAGUAUGAGGGCUAUUAUGAUAUCAAAUUGUUACCACAAAGAGGGGCACAAUGCUCCAUGUGAAUAUGGAGACAGUUUGUUUAUUCUCUUGUUCGGAGCCGUUCAGCUAGUAUUCUCUCAGAUACCUGACUUCCAUAACAUGGAGGCGCUCUCGAUAAUGGCUGCUGUCAUGUCCUUUGCUUACACCUUCAUCGGUCUAGGUCUUGGUAUUGCAAAAGUUAUAGGAAAUGGACAGAUCAAAGGCGAUAUACAUGGUGUAACGGCAAGUAAUGCAAUUCAAAAACUGUGGCUCUCGUCACAAGCAUUUGGAGACAUAGCCUUUUCGUUUAACUACAACAUAAUUCUUUUGAACAUUCAGGACACUCUUAAGGGACCUGUUGAAGAAAACAAGACGAUGAAGAGGGCGUCAUCUUCAGCCAUACUUAUCACGUCCUUCUUCUUCCUCACCUGCGGAUGCUUCGGGUAUGCUGCUUUUGGCGAUGAAGCUCCGGGAAAUCUUUUGACAGGCUUCGGAUUCUAUGAGCCCUACUGGCUCGUUGACCUUGCUAACGUGUGUAUCGUUCUUCACCUCGUGGGAGGUUAUCAGAUAUUCAGUCAGCCAUUGUUUGCAGCAGCUGAAGCAGAGGUGGGGAGGAAGUACCCGGACAGCGGGUUCGUGCACAAGGAGUACACGGUGAAGCUCCCGCUGGUGCCUAGUUUCAAGCUGAACCUUCUCCGGCUGUGCUUCAGAAGUGUGUACGUUGCAGCCACGACUGGACUGGCACUACUCUUCCCCUACUUUAACCAAGUGUUGGGAGUGCUCGGGGCGUUGAAUUUCUGGCCGUUGGUGAUAUAUUUUCCGGUGGAAAUGUACCUGGUGCAGAAUAGGGUGAGAGCUUGGACAGGUAUAUGGAUACUUCUCCAAGCAUUCAAGAUCUUCUGCUUGCUCUGCACCAUUUUCGCGUUUAUCGGCUCGGUAGAAGGCCUUAUAUCGAACAAAUUAAAAUGAGUGCCACCACGAUUCUUACUCCCUCUGUCCCACGUUACUUGAGUCACUUCUUGUUUACACUCGCUUUGGAAAAAUUAUAAUAAAAAGUUAAGGUGGAGAGAGAGUAAAGUAACAGAGACUCUACUCUACAUUAUUCUCUCUUUUACUUUACUCUAUCUCCACUUUAACUAUUUAUUAUCAUUUUCUCGAAACGAGUGACAAAAAAAUAAUGAGUAAGGUUACGUGGGCGGAGAGAGUACUUAUUACUACUACCUCUUGUAUAUUGGAGCUUUGAAAUUAUAUUUUGUGACUGUAAUUACUGAAAUAAUUUGUGUUGCUCCAUGUGCUGUUUUGUAGUGUUUGGGAAGUGUUUUGUUGAUCAUCAACAGAGUAUAUCAAUCGAUAUAUAUCUGUCUGAAUAUUUCCAUUUA